UCAAAACAACAGUUAUAUGUCAAAAUCAUACAAGAAUUUCUAAAACCACUUAAAACAUACAAAAAAAGACAACAAACUCUACUUUUAACAAAAAUCAACUUAAAAAUUCCAUCCAUCACCAUGGUACAAAUAACUUAUGUACCUAACGAACUGACACCAAUUUUCUGUGUUAUUCCCCUUGUAUUUGUUUUUCUAUGGACCCUUAUAAUCGGUGAUUUCAAGAACUUUAAAGGCAGCAGGAAAUCAUGUGCUGUAUAUACUGCAAAAGAUCCCGUAAACUGUUAUCAAGAUUUUGUCCAACCAAACGGAAAGGAACACAUGAACUAACAGAAAACUUAGCUUUAAGUCCCAUUUCUUUUGUUAAUUCAUUUCUAGAAUAAAAUUAAUGUAGUUAAUCUACUUUUUCAUCCGAUAA